CAAGAGAUUGUGAGAGGAGGGGGGGGGGUAUUGCCGAGCUGUGCUGUAAUCGGAGAGAAUACUGCAGCUCCCUCUCAGACUCUACACGCAGACAACAGCGCAGCAUCUCUGCAGAGUGCGAACACUGGGGAGAGGCAGAGAGCCGUGCACGCACACACACACACAAAUGCGGAGAGGGCUGCUGGCCAGGGCUUGAGGAUCAAUGUCUUAGGAACCGGUAAAAAGCCCGGCGCAUCUGACACCACCUAUUCUGCAGAGCUGCCCUCAGUCUGAGCGCUUGUGCGAUUGCUGGGCUGCUGCAGUCUCAGGGAGCCAUGCCAGGGGAGGCAGCCCGCAGCUCGGUGCCCACACCUGGCCUGCCGGAGGGUGAGGCGACAGACAGCGGCAUCCCCGGACCAGAUAUGACCAGGCAUUCCUCCAGUUCCUCAGCCUCCACUCCCAGCGACUGUGCCUCCACCCCCUCCCCCCUCACCCCCCCGCAGCUCUCCCCAGCAGGCAGCCCCGAGUGUUCCUCCCCCUUUGGUCCGCGGCUGCCCAGGGCCAAGCAGAACUUCUCAGCUCUGCGCCCUCCGCCAGAGGGGGCGAGCUGUGACGGGACCCCUGAUGGGAGGCUUGUCAGCAUUGGGAGGGCAGCAGGCAAGUAUGGCAGGGGGCCAUGCAAGCGCGGGUACCAGCCUGUGAAGAUGGAACGCAUCAAGGUCCUGACCGGAACAGAGAUCGAGAGUGACUACAAGGAACCGGAGAUACUGGACACUCGGGUAGUGAUGGGGGAGGAAGCCUUACUACGCAACAUGGAAGCACAGGGAGAUAGGGUAAUGAACAAGAAGACAGAAGAUGAAGGAGCCAUUCCAGAAAAUUGCCCUCUUCUACCCUCCUCAGCCCCUGAAGAGAUUCAGGAGAGACCUAAUGAGGAGUCACAGUUGGACACAGGUCAGGAUAGUUCGUCCGUCUCCCAGGAAGACAAUCCGACACUCCAAAUGGAGCUGGCCAAGGACCCUGUAAGCCUCCUCCCUUCUUCCAUUCAGGAACCUAUAGCUAUGGAUGCUGGGAUGGCUGAUAGUGACCCUCUUAUGAGAGAAGAGGGGUCUGAGAAGACGCCGUCUCAGGAUGAAGUGCCUUCCUUGUCAUUUUCACAGCCCACCUACAUGGCUGAGCGCCAGGAGCCGGACCACCAGCUAUUGGGGUCUACCCACAGCUUAGAUCCUGACCUCUACUUCACUGCCCCCUCCACCCCCAUCAAGAUGGUCUAUUCUCAACAUGUCAAGCAGCAGUGGUUCCCUGGGUCACCCACUCCUGAGUCUCCACCUGAUGAGUCCCCUGACCUGCCAGAGAGCGAAGGGCUCUGUUCUCCUCCAACCUCCCCUUCGGGCUCCUAUAUCACAGCAGAGGGGGGAAGUUGGACCUCAUCCUGCACAUCCAACACCUCCCCUUCUUGUUCCCCCAACCUCAUCACAGAGGGAGAGCUGCAGGAGGCCCCUGCCUGUUAUGUGGAAUCUCUCUCAGAGAUCGGGGAUGAGCUGGGAGAGGAGAGGCAUGGUGCAGACAAAUCUGAAGGGCUGGGGCUGGUGGAAAACAUUGGCUUUGUGGAGGGCAGGGAGAGGCUGAAGAGGGAGACAUGCCGCCCCAGCUGGGUGACCGAAGACAUUUCCCCUCAAAGGAGUAGCAGUGGGAGGAGUACUACUUCUGGAGAAGAGGAAGGAGAGGAAUCUGAAGGUUCCUUGGAGCCAGCAGAGGUGCUGGAGCCCACAGAACUCACUGCAGAUGAGGAUCUUGACCAAGACCAGGAUUUGGACUUGGAUGCCUGUGUUGCAGAGCAUUUUGCCACUCUGAAUGCCCCUCUCAGUCCUGAAGAAGACAUUUCCACAGAGCUGGUCUCCUCUUUCCCUUUUGCGCAGCAUCGGUUAGCUGCCGCAGAUGCUGGAAGUCUCACCCCAGCUACCUGUUCUUCGGAGGUUUCUGACACUGAUAACAACAGUCCCUGUGGAGAAAUGUCCAUCCUGGAGUUUCCUGGCCCCUGUGGAGAGGGCAGCCUGGAGGAUGAGAGGAUGAUCCCUGCUUCCCUCCUGCCUUUCCAUGCCAGUCUGAUCUUCCAGGCAGACUCCAUGGAGAUCACACUGUUCCCCACUGAGGAUGGGCCAGGAAACGAUGUGGAUGCCUAUGCAGCAGGGGAGGAGGAAGGUGAUGUGGAUGAAGGUGAUGAUGAGGAGGAGGAAGAGGAGGAGGAAGUAGAAGAAGAAGGGAAGUGUGUCGAAGACGUCAAUGAGGAAGACACUUCAGCCUCCUUCCUCAACUCCCUCUCUGAAAAUUCCAUCAAUGAAGGUGUGGAUGAGUCUUUUGCUUUCCAAGAUGACACAGAGGAGUCCAUUGACUCAGCCUCCUACAACGGGGAUGAGGAUGAGAGGCUGUAUAGUACUGAGAGGCAUGCUGAGUUAUCACAGCACUUCCCUGGCCCUGAUGAUCCAGCAGAGGAAACACAACCCAAAGAACAAGACUCUUCCAACUCUGGCAGUGGGAGUGAGAGUGAGAGUGAAAUGGAGAUUUCCUCUGGGUCUUCUGAUGCAGAGCAUGAGCAGAAGGAGAAGUGUCCUGCCCCUAAAUCCAGUUCAGGAGCAUCCUUUUCUUCAAAACACCCCAAAGUCCAGGAGUUCAUUGAAAGACCAGAAGAGACCUUGACAGACCAGCCUUUGGAAAAUGUAGAAGAAGUGAGAGAGGGAGGCCCUGCCCAGAACAUUUUCCUGGAAAGUGAAACAGAAGAACAGUGUGUAGACUCCAUUAUCACAGUCACUGAGGAGCCUGCUGAUGCAGCUUACCAAGAGUCUUUGCAGGAAGGAGUUGUGGAGUUAGUGGAACAUGAUGAUGUGGACAAUAACAUCCAGAUAGAAGAGCCUGUUGUGAUUUCUGGACAAAGCGACAUAACAAUAUAUCCACAGGAAAGCCAAAUGGUAACAGAAAGAGAUGUUCUGGCUGAUGAGACAACUCUUGAGGCUGAAUUAGCUGAUCAGGAAAAUGCCAACAGCAUAGAGUAUAAUGACUUAAAAGUAAGUCUGGAUAGUACAGCUACGAAUGAUCUCAAUAAAGGAGUCCCUCCACUAUCUUAUCCCAAAGAUGACCAGAGCUCCAGUAAUAUUCCCGUUUCAGAAACCCCUGAAAUUCCCACUGAUGUCCCUGAUAACCUAGCUGUCACAGCAUCAGAUGUGUUAAUCUCUGAAUCCUCUCUUGACCAGGAUAAUCUGACCGAGAACCAUCCUUGUACUGAUGAAAUUAGUUUAGAUCCUCUUUACGUCUCCAGUGCUGUUUAUAGCAUGUUAGCCAUUUCACCAAAGAAGGAAAACUCUGAAACCAAUGUCUCAGGAAGGGGAACUACACCUGAAUUGUGGGAGUCUGGAGUGCCUGUCUCCUUAGAAGAAUGCUGUGAGUAUGAGGCUGAAAAUUUGCUGACAUGUUCAAUGGCAGGCCAAGUGAUUAAUGAACCUGUUGUCGUUCCAAAUAUUGAGACAAAGGAUACUACCCCUGCUGACCAUGAGGCCAACAAUAACUGCCUUGUAAAUAACAAGAAUAGUGAAUUUCCUGAAGAUACACUCUUGGAUAACUCUGAUACUGGUUUGUUGGAGUCUAAUCUGUCCAACUGGAAAUCACUAGAAGAGAUUUCUGAAGCUGGAGGAGGGGAAGAUGGAAGUUCUCAGUUUCCAGAAGAUGAUAACAGUAACCUCCUGGGCUCCAUUCUUGAAACAGCAGAGGGCAAUGUCCCCCAGCACAUCUUACCUGUAGUAGGAGAGGAGACUUGUGAAUUGAACAAUACAGAUGAAAACCACUUGCCGCCCAAAUCAGUAGAUGAUCCCAACUAUUUGCAAUUUAAUAUUCUUUCCGAAGAUGAAAACAAGGAUGCUAAAGACCACACCUAUGCUGAUUUAGCACAAGAUAAUCCAAGUGUCCCAGGGGAAUCAGCAUUAUCAAUUGUAUCCAUCUUUGAAGAGAAUCCAGAGGAUACUGAACACAAAGUGGUUAAAAAUCAGUCUGUAAGAGGAUCACUGCAGACUGAAGAUGCCACUCAGGAUCUCUGUGAACCUCAACCUGUCUCUUCAAAUUCUCUCCCAGAGGAGGCCUCCACAAGUGCACUAUCUCUGACAAGUGAAACUCAAGUCAAUUGUUAUCCAAAGAACGUUCCAGAUCUUGAAAAGUCAGACAGCACAGGUUCUCCAGGAGGGGGGUCUACUGUUGAGCAAAACACCACACUAGGACACAUACACAUUUCUAAAACUGAGAAUGUGACAAACAAUGAAGAAGGUCCCAGUAGCAUCAAGUCUGAACAUGCAUUCACUUUGGUUAGUGGUUCUUUUGGAUCCUUCAUUCCUAGACAAGUAUCUUCUAAAUAUAAGCCAGAGGAAGCCCUUUGCCCUACCUCACCUUUAGAAAUCAUGGAUUCUGUAAGCGAAAAUAAGGCAAAGACAACAGAGUCUGAGACUGAAAACUCAACAGAUGAGAAGUCUGAUGAAAAGACAGAUGAAAAGAAAGAGGAUCCUGUUGAAGAGGAAAAUACUCUUCAAUCACUACACCACUCUGAGCAGGUAACUUGUUCAGAAAGAGAGAGGGGUGGAGAAAUCGACAAAGACCUUGAUCUUCAGGAAGAGGAAGAGCAGCAAAAACAGAAUGCAGAUCCUGUGGAUAAUAAUCAUGUCAGUGAACCAAAGAGUGAAGGUGCCUUUGAAGAAAAUGAGAGCACAGAUGUCAAAAUUGAUGCUUGCAUCUCUGAGGAAACUAUCACACCCAUUGAGAACAUGGGUUCCCUUCUGACAGAGAGCAAACAGAAGGCAGAAUUAAACUCUCUUUCUCAAGGGAAAGAUUACAAGCUUAAUGAAGACGUUAUAACAUGUACAGAGAAAGCAAGCAUUAGUCCCAUAGAGGACAGUUUCUUUGAGAAGGUGACCAGUGAGCAAUCAAAUAGCAUUCCUUUUGAUGAGCAGCAAAAUGCAACUGAAAGUCCUGACAAAAUUAAGGGAUCUGACAAUGACAAACAGGAAAUACACCAUGAACCUGAAAGGAGUAUCAGCCCCAUUAAAACAACUGAAUGCCACAGAGAUAAAGACAAAGGACUUGAGACUACUUCUACAGCAGCUGAUUCCAGCACACCAGACAACUCUUUGAAGCUGGAGUGUACUAUUCAGGAGAAAGAGGGAAAUAUUGCUGAGGUAGUAGGUAUAGAUGUGUUACAAGAAAAUAUAUCUUCUAGUGAGAGUGAUCAUGAAAAGGAAUUAACUGACCCUGGUAUUAAUACACUACAAGAGAACAAGGACACAUCAGACCUGACCGUUAGAGAGGGUGGGGUCAUAGAGGCAUCUAAGAAGGAAGAUGAGGUUGAGAUAAAUAGCUCUUCUAAUCUCACAAAAAGCUUUGAAGCUGUAGAAAAAACAGACAAGCCUAUUGUCUGUUCUCCUACUUCACAGAAUGAUGCACCUGCAUGCUGCGGGGAAGAACUGGGAUCCAACAGUCAGAUAUGCAGUAACACAACAGAAGUGUUCAAUCCACCUAUUUGCACAAGCCUGUCAGGAAAAGAACAAGUUGCAGAACCCCCUGUGCCCACCUCAGUGCAAGAGGAAGAGAAGCCAAGCCCAUCUAUCUCUGAGAUACCAGAUGAAAACAUGUUGGAUGUCUGCAAUGCUGAGGAAAGAAAAUGCCAGAUCGAAGGGAUGAGGGACAUCAAUGACAAUCAUGUUGAUGACAGCCAAAAUGCUCUUGACGAACACAGUGAAACAUCUCCUUUGAGUACCUCACCAGUUAAUCAAGAACCCUGUGAAGAGCUUUGCAUCCCUGUCCAGGAAUCCCAGUCUGUGCCUUUGUGUACCCCACUGCAAUCCCUCCCUGAUUGUCCAUCCCAGAUACCCAUGAACCCUCAUCUGUGCUGUCCUGAUUUCUCCAGCCCAAUUCGAUUUCCCAGUCAGCUAUCCACCAAGUCUGUGUCAGGACCAGGGCAGCUCUCUUUAGUUCCUGUUCUGGACACACACACAGACCUGCAGAUAUCGGCACACUACUCGCAGGACAAGAAGACAGCCAGUUCAGCAGUGGACCUCAGUGUGGAUCAGCUGGACUAUUGCAUGGAAACUCCCUGCAAGUCCCUCACCCAGACAGACUCAGGUCCUGGUCGGAGGGUAGGGAGACAGUGUGGUUCAUCCCACACGGACUCCAGCUCAUCCAGCGAGAGGGAGCUCCUGUCUCCCUGCCAAAAGAACUCCCCUGUUCCAGCCCCUCAUGCUGCAGCAGCUGAGCCCGAGAGAUUCCAGGACAGGUUACCACGCUGCCCCAUGUCCUAUAGCCACAAAGGCUCCUGCAAUGACUCAGAGAGUGAUGACUCUGUGCCUGACCUGGAAGAGCCAGACAACCACCCACUGCAGCCUGCAGACACACAGUCCCAGCUCUCUCCCUCUGCUCCUUCAGGAGACGACUCCAUGAACAAGGCAAAGCAGAGCCGCAGUGAGAAAAAGGCACGCAAGGCCAUGUCUAAGCUGGGGCUGAGACAGAUCCACGGAGUAACCCGUAUAACCAUCCGCAAGUCCAAGAACAUCCUGUUUGUCAUCACAAGACCCGACGUCUUCAAGAGCCCAGCCUCUGACAUCUACAUUGUAUUCGGGGAGGCCAAGAUUGAGGACCUCUCCCAGCAGGUGCAUAAGGCAGCCGCAGAGAAGUUCAAGGUGCCACUGGAGCCGUCACCCCUCAUCACAGAGAGUGCCCCCAGCCUGAGCAUCAAAGAGGAGAGCGAGGACGAAGAGGAGGUGGAUGAGACGGGUCUGGAAGUGCGAGAUAUCGAGCUUGUAAUGGCCCAAGCCAACGUGUCCCGUGCCAAGGCAGUCCGCGCACUCCGGCACAACAAGAAUGACAUCGUCAAUGCCAUCAUGGAGCUGACCAUGUAGGAGAAAAGAGGCUUUGUCUGUACCUGCACAGUGAACCACAGCUCAUACACACUAUAGGCUCCACUGUAUUGCUGCUACCUUGCAUCCCUAUACAAGCUCAAUAAACCCGUCUGUUAUAACCAG